AUGAUCCUGGAACUUCAACGAUGGCGUGCACCAUGGGCGCUGAUGCUGCUGUUGUUGUUGCUUGAGUUCAACAGCAAAGUGCCUUCAACACAGAAUGUCCAAUUCGUGGGGCUCUUUGCUGGGCAAGCAGAAGUGAGCUGCGCUUUGCGCUCCUGUGGUUUAUCUGGCUCCACUCACGACAUCAACAUCGACCCGCAGUACAUGGACCUGUGUUCAACUACAGGCUUUUUGCUGGCUGUGAAUGAGCUUCGCAGGGCGGAAGCGGGGAGUCUAUGUAUUUUUGCAUUAUGCUGUGCUUCCUUUUCUCGCAUGAGCCGGGCAACAGCUGGAAGGAACAUAUUGUUUCCGCUUGGAAACAUCCAAUAUGGCUUUGUGCAAACUGGCAACUUGCUUUCAUCGAGGCUGAUUCUGAUGCUCUACAUUUGCUGCUGGAAAGGCUCGCGGUGGAUUGUGGAGCAGCCUGAGGGUACAGCCUUUCCUUUGCUGCCACGUUGGCAAGAGUUCCUAAAGGUGGCCCAAGUAUACAGCACAUCAUUUUGGAUGGGGAAGUUUGGAGGCGCUACAGCGAAGCGCCAUCGCCUCUGGUCGAACGACUACAAUCUCCUCCAAGAGAUCCACCAUGAAGCUGGCAGCAUGACCAGGGCCGAGAUGGCAUCUUUGCCUGGGGGCACACUGGUGAAAAAGUAUGUGGACAGAAGUGGUUUGGUGCGCUGCACAGGAUUGAAGGAGAAGCUGAAGCAGUCCCAGCUUCUUGGGCCUACUUUUACUUUGGUAUAUGUGCUCAAGUUAGUUCGUGUCAAUCUUUGGUUGCCUCAAAAACCAACAGCUCGAGAGUGUGCAUAA